AUGACCGCGCCUUCAUCCUCUAGCUCCCGGCAACGCCUCUACGUCGGCACCAUUGCAACAUAUUGUCCGGAAACCGCUCAGAUCACGAAGCCCCUCCCCAUAUACAGCGACCAAGUCAUCACCAUCGGCCGGGGUCCAGCUUGUGACUACGUUGUGAACGAUACUCACGUAUCCCGCAAACAUCUCCAGAUCUACACUGUGCUCUAUGACCGGGAAAAUCCAGACGACGUUGCGCCGCUCGUCUACGCCAGAGACCUUUCCCUAAACAUCACUACCUGGAAUGGCUAUACCAUGGGUAGCCGCAGGGGCAGCUUCCUCCUAAGCGACGGCGACAUCCUCGAAAUCGGCGGGGACAAGUACAUCAGGUUCAAUUCUGAAACCCACGGAGGACUGACCAAUGCUGUCAAAGCCAGGGAGGUGUCGCUCUUGAGCCGCGAGUUCAUGCUCACGGGCCGGAAGAUCGGGCUCGGGGGUUAUGGGACGGUCUACAUGGCGUACCGGAGGGUGGAUGGAAAGCAGCUCGCGUGCAAGGUCCUCGAUACCCGGCUGCUCAAAGAAAAAGUUAUCAUAACGGUGAAACAGGAUUUCGGCAUGUUCCAUGAGCAUGCUGCACGGGGUGAGGAAGAACCCCCGAAUGCGGCUAUGAAGGGUGUGUAUCGUGACUAUAUUCGGAUGCGAUUGAAGGAGAAGCUAGGUAUCGUGCAGCAGGAGGCUAUGAUCUUGAAAGAUCUUUAUCAUCCUAAUAUUGUCAGUCUCGAGAAGGUGGUUUACUCACAGGAUACAUUCUAUAUCUUCCAGGAGCUGCUCACGGGAGGAGACCUUUUCUCCUACGUUCACUUCAAAGGAGGGAAGCUGGACAAUAUGGAGGCUGCGGCGAUAGUACGACAGAUCACGAAGGCGUUGUUAUACCUCCAUGACCGAGGCAUUGUUCAUCGCGAUGUAAAGCCCGACAAUAUACUUCUGGCAACCUUGGAAGCUGGCUGUAGGGUUGUGCUUAGCGACUUUGGCUGCGCUACUCGAGUGACUUCAACCGGGAGAAUGGCGACGAUGGUGGGCACAAUUCCGUAUCGUGCUCCUGAGUUGCUCGAGAGACGUUACACCAAGGCUAUCGACAUGUGGUCCCUGGGCUGCUUGACAGCUGUCAUACUCACCGGAGAGCCUACACCCGAUCCUGAGGUCAUGUCGUGGUCAGAUGUACUUGGUGGGGACGGUGGCACACUGAAGAUACUAAGCAUCUUCUAUGCGCAUUCGCUUAGACCUCGUGCUCAGGACUUCAUCUUCAAGACAAUGGCAUGGAAAGCAGAGGAUCGCAUGACUGCGAGGCAGGCUUUGGCGCAUGAAUGGUUCACCAAUCCGGCCCACCACCAAUCAUUCCUAGACCUGUACACCCGGGCAAUCAAAGACUGGGUACCUCGGAACACCGGGGAGGACUCCGUUGUCCGCAUAUCGGCCUAUGCAGAGACGGAAUCCGAGAUCCUCGCGACACAGGAUGACGAGGAAUCAAGCGAUGAGUGGCCGAGUGAAGAGUCAUUGGAAGAGGAAGACCAGAUUGCAGAGGGAGUCUGCCACGAAGAAGCCUCGCUCACAUUAUCCGAUCUAGGGCUUCCAAGGUUGUUUCGAGGUCUGUCUGGCACCGAUCCCGAGGAGUUAGACGAGGUGGCGGUAGAGUCGGAGUAG